CUCUGUACGCCUUUCACGUCGAUCAAUCAAAAUUGAGAGAGAGAGAGAGAGAGAGAGGUAAAAUCGAUAGAUCGUUGAUUCCUAAACCGCCAUGAACAGUCAGCGCGACAACCACGCGUCGCCGCCGCCGCCGCCGGAGCUCGAGUCGAGCACGGCGGCGCAAGUUCUGAAACACUCGAGCUCGAUCUUCUGGUCUCAGCUCCUUGCAUUCGCUCUUCUAGGAUUGCUCAUCCUCACCUUCCGCUCCAACGUCGAGAAUGGCACUCACCUCCUCACCGCCUUCAUCGACCGCGACCCCUCCCUCAGAUCUCUACUCUCCCGCCUCGACAUGGCCGGGAAACCCCUCCACUCUUCCCAAGUCUCCGCCGUCCGCCGUCGCCGCCGCCCCUUCCUCCACCUUACUCGCGUCGGCACACUCGGCGACGACUUUUUCUCAGGUGAUGACGACGCCGAGCGCUCUGUCAACCCCAAGACCCCUCCUAAUGGAAGUUUCGUGCUUCUCGGCAACUUCGACCCCCGGUUGGGGUUUUCCGAUUUUGUCGCUGAUAAUGGAAUUAGGGUUUCCGAAAUCUUCCGCUCGGGUUUGUUUUUCAAAUUGCGUUCCAUAGAAGACGAAAGCAACAACGAUGAGUUGAGUAAAGUGAAGCAUUCAAUGAAGAAUGGUGAAGAUGAGGCGGAGGAGAGGGUUGUGGAUUUGCAGUUCUUGAUCAAGGGUUUGGAGCUCAGGCAGCGCGACGCAUCGGCUUUAUUCUUUCUUGUAUGUUUGUUGUCUUGUGCAUAUGGUUAUGUAAUUCUAGGGUUUCUAGUUACCUAUUCUUGGGUUAUUGGGAUCGUUUUUCUUGUAGUUGUAAACCAUAUAUUAGGGAGGUACCGCUCGUUGGCUGGGACAAUUUGGGAUGGUUCAAAUUUGGGCCUCAAAAGGCUGUCUGGGUUGAUUCUUAUGAGGUGGGCGGUGAAGGACGCGCUUACCCAGCUUCUUGGUCUUUGGUACUUUGGUGAAAUUGAAGAUCAGUAUUCAUUUUUUAAGAUUUUUGUGAGGUUAAAGUUGAUGCCUUUCUCAAUUAUGUCUACAUGGAUUCGGGGGUUUGAGAAGGAGACUGCCGGGUUUUUGUAUGCGUGGUUUUUGUUAGACCUGAUUGUGGAGUUUGUUUUUGCUGUGGAUUCAUGGGUUGCAAUUGUGGACACAAGGAGGACUGGAAGAGAAAUUGUGAAGGAAGGGUGUUAUUUGUUAUCAACAAUGUUUAAGCAGGCUGUCAUCAUUAAAUGUUUGGAGUCAAUGCUUUGUGGAUCGCUCACAAGAUGGAUUUUGGCCCGAUAUUUUGGGAAGCUAUUUGCAACAGCUUUCCAAUCAAUGAUGGAGGUUUAUUUCAUGGUAGCUUGGCUGAUAUUUUACUUUGCCGUGAGAUCUAAGGAUGCAACAUCUCUUGGAGGGACGUUUGGGAGGAGGGAGUUGGAGGGUUUCAUCCAAGGCCGUAGAUGAUCGUUGAAUGGGAAUUGAUUAAGGGGUUGCUGCCAAACUUCAAUUACAAUGGCACAAUAGCGGAAUAACCAUUUGUGGAAUGUCAAAUUGAAGCAUGGGGACAAUGACUUACAUUUAAUGCACAUUACUGGUGGCAUUGAUGCUGGUGACUAUAUAGUAAGAAUAUUUUCUGAAUCACAUUUGCAUUAGAGCCAGGCAUUAAUGGCUCUAAGUUUGCUCCAUUGCACACUGGAAGUCCACAGUUUGAAGCUGGAAACAACCUUGUUAGUAGGGAAUUAUGGUUGAUUCCAUGCAAAUUUAUGAUUCAUCCACCAACAAAAUUUCAGUUUUCCAGACUCAAAUCUAGCCUGUAGCUGAAUGCACAGUAGUGGUAACAAGGUAAGCAAGAACCAUGCCAACUGAUCAGGGCCGAGACAUAAUGGUUGAUUGGCUCAAGCUCACAUGGCUUCUUUGUUAACAGUUAUCCUAUUGAGCCGUCUAAAUGUUCAAGUAUGAAAAUGUUUUAUGGAUGGUUUAAGAAGCCUGGAAUGGCCAAAGGCACCAAGAGCAAACGAGAGGAUUUCUUUAUCACUACUCAUGGUGCUAAAUCUGGUGAUUGUUGGAAAGGAUGUGAAGUUAUCGCCUUACCUGUAAGGUUGAAUCUAAAGAAACUUGUUGGUGCCAAUGGGGUUUGUAUAUGUUCUCUUAUCUGCUCUUGGCCCCUGAAAUAUUUAGUAGAUGAGCCUGUGCAUCCAAGUGCAUGCACAUGGCAAAAAUGGAAUUCCUUAAAAUGACAUGGGAAUUAAUUAGAGCUGUGUUACUGGUUCCCCGGUAUCAUUACAUUGUAUUCCUUUAGAUUAGUAAAUUAUAUGUAAAAGUUCACUGGUAACCUCUUUGGAGCAGCUAAUGGAUAAUACUUUCUUUACAA